GCUGCGUCACGGGUUUUCAGGCGCUUAGCUCGUGGAGACAGCGACCGUUGUGGGCCUCUGUACUGUCCUCCCGCGCUCCGGGAGCCGGGUUGGUGACGCGAUGAGGCGCAGCAAGGCCGACGUGGAGCGGUACAUCGCUUCGGUGCAGGGUUCCGCCCCGUCGCCCCGAGAGAAGUCAAUGAAAGGAUUCUAUUUUGCGAAGCUGUACUAUGAAGCUAAAGAAUACGAUCUUGCUAAAAAAUAUAUAUCUACAUAUAUUAAUGUCCAAGAGAGGGACCCCAAAGCUCACAGAUUUCUGGGUCUUCUUUAUGAAGUGGAGGAAAACACAGACAAAGCUGUUGAAUGUUACAAGCGUUCAGUGGAGUUAAACCCAACACAAAAAGAUCUUGUGUUGAAGAUUGCAGAAUUGCUUUGUAAAAAUGAUGUUACUGAUGGAAGAGCAAAAUACUGGGUUGAAAGAGCAGCUAAAUUUUUCCCAGGAAGUCCUGCAGUUUAUAAGCUAAAGGAAAAGCUUCUAGAUUGUAAAGGUGAAGAUGGAUGGAAUAAACUUUUUGACUUGAUUCAGUCAGAACUUUAUGCAAGACCUGAUGAUGUGCAUGUGAAUAUCCGACUAGUGGAGCUGUAUCGUUCAAAUAAAAGAUUGAAGGAUGCUGUAGCCCAUUGUCAUGAAGCAGAGAGAAACAUAGCUUUGCGUUCAAGUUUAGAAUGGAAUUCAUGUGUUGUACAGACCCUUAAGGAAUAUCUGGAGUCUUUACAGUGUUUGGAGUCUGAUAAAAGUAACUGGCGAGUAACCAAUAAAGACUUACUUCUAGCCUAUGCUAAUCUUAGUCUUCUUAUGCUUUCCACCAGAGAUGUUCAAGAAAGUAGAGAAUUAUUGGAAAGUUUUGAUAGUGCUCUUCAGUCUGUGAAAUCUUCUGUGGGUGGAAAUGAUGAACUGUCAGCUACUUUCAUAGAAAUGAAGGGACAUUUUUACUUGCAUGCUGGUUCUUUGCUUUUGAAGAUGGGUCAGCAUAGUGAUGUCCAGUGGCGAGCUCUUUCUGAACUGGCUGCGUUGUGCUAUCUCAUAGCAUUUCAGGUCCCGAGACCAAAGAUUAAAUUAAUAAAAGGAGAAGCUGGACAAAAUCUACUGGAAUUGAUGGCCCAUGAUCGUCUGAGCCAAUCAGGGCACAUGUUGCUAAACUUAAGUCGUGGCAAGCAAGAUUUUUUAAAGGAGGUUGUGGAAUCUUUUGCUAAUAAAAGUGGCCAGUCUGCUCUGUAUGAUGCUCUGUUUUCUAGUCAGUCACCUAAGGAGAGAUCUUUCCUUGGUAAUGAUGAUAUUGGAAACAUUGAUGUAGUAGCACCGGAACCUGAUGACUUGGCUAGAUAUGAUAUUGGUGCCAUUCGAGCACAUAAUGGUAGUCUUCAGCACCUUACCUGGCUUGGCUUACAAUGGAAUUCCCUGUCUACCUUACCUGCAAUUCGAAAAUGGCUAAAACAGCUUUUUCAUCAUUUGCCUCAGGAAACCUCAAGGCUUGAAACAAAUGCACCUGAAUCAAUAUGUAUUUUAGAUCUUGAAGUAUUUUUACUUGGAGUAAUAUAUACCAGCCACUUGCAAUUAAAGGAGAAGUGUAAUUCUCACCACAGCUCCUAUCAGCCAUUGUGCUUGCCACUUCCUGUAUGCAAACAGCUUUGUACAGAAAGACAGAAAUCCUGGUGGGAUGCAGUUUGUACUCUAAUUCACAGAAAGGCAAUACCUGGAGCCUCAGCAAAAUUGCGACUUCUGGUUCAGCAUGAAAUAAACACUCUAAGAGGCCAGGAAAAACAUGGCCUUCAACCUGCUCUGCUUGUGCAUUGGGCAAAAUGCCUUCAGAAAACGGGCAGCAGUCUCAAUUCUUUUUAUGAUCAACGGGAGUACAUAGGCAGAAGUGUUCAUUAUUGGAAGAAAGUUUUACCAUUGUUGAAGACAAUCAAAAAGAAGAACAGCAUUCCUGAACCUACCGAUCCUCUGUUUAAACAUUUUCAUGGUGUGGACAUUCAGGUGUCUGAAAUUGGUGAAUAUGAAGAAGAUGCACACAUAACUUUUGCUAUAUUGGAUGCGGUUAAUGGAAAUAUAGAAGAUGCUAUGACCACUUUUGAAUCUAUUAAAAAUGUUGUUUCUUAUUGGAAUCUGGCCCUGAUUUUUCACAGGAAAGCAGAAGAUAUUGAAAAUGAUGCCCUUUCUCCUGAAGAACAAGAAGAAUGCAAAAAUUACCUAAGAAAGACCAGGGACUAUCUAAUAAAGAUUUUAGAUGACAGUGAUUCAAAUCUUUCAGUGGUCCAGAAAUUGCCUGUGCCCCUGGAGUCUGUAAAAGAGAUGCUUAAUUCAGUCAUGCAGGAACUGGAAGAUUAUAGUGAAGGAGGUCCUCUUUACAAAAAUGGCUGUUUGCGAAGUGUAGACUCAGAAAUAAAACAUUCUACACCAUCUCCUACCAAAUAUUCACUAUCACCAAGUAAAAGUUAUAAGUAUUCCCCCAAAACUCCACCUCGGUGGGCAGAAGAUCAAAAUUCUUUACUGAAAAUGAUCUGCCAACAAGUGGAGGCCAUUAAGAAAGAAAUGCAGGAGUUGAAACUAAAUAGCAGUAACUCAGCAUCCCCUCAUCGUUGGCCCACAGAGAAUUAUGGACCAGACCCAGUGCCUGAUGGAUAUCAAGGAUCACAGCCUUUUCAUGGGGCUCCACUAACUGUUGCAACUACUAGUCCUUCAGUAUAUUAUAGUCAGUCACCAGCAUAUAAUUCCCAGUAUCUUCUAAGACCAGCAGCUAAUGUUACUCCCACAAAGGGUCCAGUUUAUGGCAUGAAUAGGCUUCCACCACAACAGCAUAUUUAUGCCUAUUCACAACAGAUGCACACACCACCAGUGCAAAGCUCAUCUGCUUGUAUGUUCUCUCAGGAACUGUAUGGUCCUCCAUUGCGUUUUGAGUCUCCUGCAACAGGAAUUCUGUCACCCAGGGGUGACGAUUACUUUAAUUAUAAUGUUCAACAGACAAGUACAAAUCCACCAUUACCAGAACCAGGAUAUUUCACAAAACCUCCAGUUGUAGCUCAUGCUUCAAGAUCUGCAGAAUCUAAGGUUAUAGAAUUUGGAAAAACUAAUUUUGUUCAGGCCAUGCCGGGUGAAGGAAUAAGACCAUCUUUGCCAACAUCAGCACACACAGCACAGCCAACUCCUUUUAAAUUUAACUCUAAUUUCAAAUCAAAUGAUGGUGACUUCACAUUUUCUUCACCUCAGGUUGUGACACAGCCCCCUCCUACAGCUUAUAGUAAUAGUGAAAGCCUUUUAGGUCUCCUGACUUCAGAUAAACCUUUGCAAGGAGAUGGCAAUAGUGGACCAAAACCAAUUCCCAGUCAAACCACUGGGCCUCGAAAUACAUUCAAUUUUGGAAGCAAAAAUGUGUCUGGGAUCUCAUUUGGAGAAAACAUGGGGCCAAACCAGCAAAAGAAUUCUGGUUUUCGUCGAAGUGAUGAUAUGUUUACUUUCCAUGGUCCUGGGAAAUCUAUAUUUGGAACACCUGCUCCAGAGCUGGCAAAUAAGAAUCAUGAAACAGAUGGAGGAAGUGCCCAUGGAGAUGAUGAUGAUGAUGGCCCUCAUUUUGAACCUGUGGUACCUCUUCCUGAUAAGAUUGAAGUAAAAACAGGUGAAGAAGAUGAAGAAGAAUUCUUUUGCAAUCGUGCAAAAUUGUUUCGCUUUGAUGGAGAAUCCAAAGAAUGGAAGGAACGUGGGAUAGGCAAUGUAAAAAUACUAAGGCAUAAAACAUCUGGUAAAAUUCGCCUUCUAAUGAGACGAGAACAAGUAUUGAAGAUCUGUGCAAAUCAUUAUAUCAGUCCGGAUAUGAAACUGACACCAAAUGCUGGAUCAGACAGAUCUUUUGUAUGGCAUGCUCUUGAUUAUGCAGAUGAAUUACCAAAACCAGAACAGCUUGCUAUUAGAUUCAAAACUCCUGAGGAAGCAGCACUUUUUAAGUGCAAAUUUGAAGAGGCCCAGAGCAUUUUGAAAGCCUCAGGAACAAAUGUAGCCACACCCAGUCAGGCUAUCAGAAUUGUGAAAGAAUCCGCAAGCCAUGAUGACAAGGAUAUUUGUAAAUCUGAUGCUGGAAAUAGGAAUUUUGAAUUUCAUCUUGCAAAGAAAGAAGGGUCUUGGCAUUGUAGCAGCUGCUCAUUGAGGAAUACUGCAAGUGCUAAGAAAUGUGUAUCAUGCCAAAAUCUAAACCCAAGCAGUAAAGAGCUCCUAGGACCACCAUUAGUAGAAACUGGUUCUGUUCCUAUUACUGGCCCAGAAACUACUCAAGAUAGAUUUGCAUUGAUGACACCAAAGAAAGAAGGUCACUGGGAUUGCAGUACUUGUUCAGUAAGAAAUGAGCCUACUGUAUCUACGUGCAUGGCAUGUCAAAACACAAAGUCUGCUAACAAAAGUGGGUCUUCAUUUGCUCAAGCUUCUUUUAAAUUUGGCCAGGGGGAUCUUCCUAAGUCUGUUAACAGUGACUUCAGAUCUGCUUUUUCUACAAAGGAAGGGCAAUUGGAGUGCAGUGUAUGCUCGGUACGAAAUGAAGGAAGUACUACAAAAUGCGUUGCUUGUCAGAAUCCAAGAAAACAGAGUCUACCUACUACUUCUGUUUCAGCAUCUUCUUCUUUUAAGUUUGGCAUUUCAGAGAUCAGUAAAACUGCAAAGAGUGGAUUCGAGGACAUGUUUGCUAAAAAGGAAGGACAGUGGGAUUGCACUUCAUGUUCAGUGAGAAAUGAAGCAAAUGCUACAAAAUGUGUUGCUUGUCAGAAUCCCACUAAACCAAUUCCAUCUUCAGGUGUUCCAGCUCCUACUUCCUUCUUGUUUGGUACUUCAGAGAUAAGCAAGUCUCCAAAGAGUGGAUUCGAGGGAAUGUUCACCAAGAAAGAAGGACAGUGGGAUUGCAGUUUUUGUUUAGUGCGAAAUGAAGCAAGUGCUACCCAAUGUAUUGCUUGUCAGAAUCCAAACAAACAGAAUCAGCCUACAUCUGCUGUUCCAGAACCUGCCUCUUCAGAGACAAACAAGUCUCCAAAGAAUGGAUUUGAAGGAAUGUUCACCAAAAAGGAAGGACAGUGGGAUCCUAAUGUUGGCGUUGUACAAAAUGAGAGUUCUUCCUUAAAGUGUGUGGCUUGUGAUGCCUCCAAACCAACUCAUAAACCUACUGCAGAAGCUCCUUCAGCUUUCACAGUGGGUUCAAAAACAAAGUUAAAUGAGUCUUCUGGAAGUCAGGUGGGAACAGGAUUUAAAAGUACUUUUCCAGAAAAAACUUUUAAAUUUGGAAUUACAGAACAGGGUUUUAAAUUCGGGCAUGUGGAUCAAGAUAGUAUACCUUCAUUUACAUUUCAGGGUUCUUCUAAUACAGAAUUUAAGUCAAUAAAAGAAGGAUUUAGUUUUUCCAUUCCUGUAUCUGCUGAUGGUUUUAAAUUUGGCAUUCAGGAACAGGGAAAUCAAGAGAAGAGUGAAAAACCCCUUGAAAGUGACACUGGUUUCCACGAUGUUAGUAGCCAGAAGAAUGGUAGUUGUGUGAUUUUUGGUCAAACAAGUAAUACUUCUACAUUUGCAGAUCUUGCAAAAUCAUCUUCUGGAGAUGGAUUUCAAUUUGGCAAGAAAGAUCCUAAUUUCAAGGGAUUUUCAGGAGCAGGAGAAAAAUUGUUUUCAUCACAAAGUGGGAGAAUGACUGAGAAAGCUAACUCUUCUGCUGAUCUUGAGAAAGAUGAUGAUGCCUAUAAGACUGAGGACAGUGAUGAUAUCCAUUUUGAACCAGUAGUACAAAUGCCUGAAAAAGUAGAACUUGUGACAGGAGAAGAAGAUGAAAAAGUUCUAUAUUCACAGCGGGUGAAAUUAUUUAGAUUUGAUGCUGAGAUAAGUCAGUGGAAAGAAAGGGGCUUGGGGAACUUAAAAAUCCUCAAAAAUGAAGUCAAUGGCAAGCUAAGAAUGCUGAUGCGAAGAGAGCAAGUACUAAAAGUGUGUGCCAAUCAUUGGAUAACGACUACAAUGAACCUAAAGCCACUUUCUGGAUCAGAUAGAGCAUGGAUGUGGCUAGCUAGUGAUUUCUCUGAUGGUGAUGCCAAAUUGGAGCAGCUGGCAGCAAAAUUUAAAACACCAGAGCUAGCUGAAGAAUUCAAGCAGAAAUUUGAAGAAUGCCAGCGACUUUUAUUAGAUAUUCCACUUCAAACUCCCCAUAAACUUGUUGAUACUGGCAGAGCUGCCAAGUUAAUACAGAGAGCUGAGGAAAUGAAGAGUGGACUGAAAGAUUUUAAAACGUUUUUGACAAAUGAUCAAACAAAAGUCACUGAUGAAGACAGCAAGAGCCCAGGUGCAGGCAGUGCCAGUACUUCAGACACAACAAUCAAGCCAAAUCCUGAAAACACUGGGCCCACCUUAGAAUGGGAUAACUAUGACUUAAGGGAAGAUGCUUUGGAUGACAGCGUAAGCAGUAACUCAGUACAUGCUUCCCCAUUGGCAAGCAGCCCUGUGAGAAAAAACCUCUUCCGCUUUGGUGAGUCAACAACAGGAUUUAACUUCAGUUUUAAAUCUGCUUUGAGUCCAUCUAAAUCUCCUGCCAAGUUGAAUCAGAGUGGAACUUCAGUUGGCACUGAUGAGGAAUCUGAUGUUACUCAAGAAGAAGAGCGAGAUGGACAGUACUUUGAACCUGUUGUACCUUUACCUGAUCUAGUUGAAGUAUCUAGUGGUGAGGAAAAUGAACAAGUUGUUUUUAGUCACAGAGCAAAACUUUAUAGAUAUGAUAAAGAUGUUGGUCAGUGGAAGGAAAGGGGCAUUGGUGAUAUAAAGAUCUUACAGAAUUAUGAUAAUAAGCAAGUUCGCAUAGUAAUGAGAAGAGACCAGGUAUUAAAACUUUGUGCCAAUCACAGAAUAACUCCAGACAUGACUUUGCAAAAUAUGAGAGGGACCGAAAGAGUGUGGGUGUGGACUGCAUGUGAUUUUGCAGAUGGGGAAAGAAAAGUAGAACAUUUAGCUGUACGUUUUAAACUACAGGAUGUUGCAGACUCUUUUAAGAAAAUUUUUGAUGAAGCAAAAACAGCCCAGGAAAAAGAUUCUUUGAUAACACCUCAUGUUUCUAAUUCAAGCACUCCUAGAGAGUCACCAUGUGGCAAAAUUGCUGUAGCUGUUUUAGAAGAAACCACAAGAGAGAGGACAGAUUUAAUUCAGGGUGAUGAUGGAGCAGAUACAACUUCAGAAGUUGGCGAAGUGUCUAGCACAUCUGAGACAACACCGAAAGCAGUGGUUUCUCCUCCAAAGUUUGUAUUUGGCUCAGAGUCUGUUAAAAGCAUUUUUAGUAGCGAAAAAUCAAAGCCAUUUGCAUUUGGCAACAGUUCAGCCACUGGGUCUUUGUUUGGAUUUAGUUUUAAUGCACCUCUGAAAAAUAAUAGUAGUGAAACUGUUUCAGUAGUCCAGAGUGGAUCCGAAAGAAAAGUGGAACCUAACAAAUGUGAACUGUCACAGACCUCUGAUACCAAACAACCUGCAGAUGGCAAAGUCAAAAAUCUCUUUGUUUCCCUUCCUAAGGAAGACUCUUCAAUUAAUUAUAUUUUUAAAACACCAGAAAAGGGGUUUAAUUUUAGUCUUUUUAAAUCUAAUCCAAUGGCCUUUUGGACCAGCACCCCUUCCUCACAGCCUGAGAGCAAAGCAAAAGAGAAGAAAAAACUUGAAGAUCCUCCUUCAGAUGAUGAUGAUGUUCUCAUUGUAUAUGAACUAACUCCAACUCCUGAGCAAAAAGCCCUUGCCACCAAACUUAGACUUCCUCCAACUUUCUUCUGUUAUAAGAAUAGACCAGAUUAUGUUAGCGAAGAAGAAGAUGAUGAAGAUUUUGAAACAGCUGUCAAGAAACUUAAUGGAAAGCUCUAUCUGAGUGACUCAGAAAAAUCUAGGCCAUUGGAAGAAAAUCUAGCAGAUAAUGAGAAAGAAUGUGUCAUUGUUUGGGAAAAGAAGCCUACAGUUGAAGAGAAAGCUAAAGCAGAUACAUUAAAGCUUCCACCUACAUUUUUUUGUGGUGUGUGCAGUGAUACUGAUGAGGACAAUGGAAAUGGGGAAGACUUUCAGUCAGAACUUCAAAAAGUUCAGGAAGCUCAGAAAUCCCAAAGUGAGAAAGUAAGUGGUGCAGCUGGUAGUGUGUGCACAGGUGGGACUGAAGUGGCUACACCAUUUUUCUGUAUGUCUGAAGAAUCUGAUUCUACCACCAUACUUACUAGCUUACCACGUGUUUCUUCUGAGGCUGCUGACAAGCCUGUAGAUUUGUCUACUGGAAAGGAAACUGAUGCAGCACCCACUAGCCAAGUAGAAAGCAAAACAUUUGCGUUUGGAUUUGGAAGUAGUACAGGACUGUCAUUUGCAGACUUGGCUUCAAGUAAUUCUGGGGAUUUCGCUUUUGGUACUAAAGAUAAAAAUUUCCAGUGGGCAAAUACUGGAGCAACUGUGUUUGGAGCACAGUCAACGGAUCAAGCUGGUGAAGAGGAAGAUGGUAGUGAUGAAGAAGUAGUUCAUAGUGAUGACAUCCAUUUUGAACCAAUAGUUUCACUACCAGAGGUAGAAGUAAAAUCUGGAGAAGAAGAUGAAGAAAUUUUAUUUAAAGAGAGAGCCAAACUUUAUAGAUGGGACCGAGAUGUCAGUCAGUGGAAGGAGCGUGGUGUUGGAGAUAUAAAGAUUCUUUGGCAUACAUUGAAGAAUUAUUACCGGAUCCUAAUGAGAAGAGACCAAGUCUUUAAAGUGUGUGCAAACCAUUUUAUUACCAAAACAAUGGAAUUAAAACCCUUGAAUGUUUCAAAUAAUGCUUUAGUUUGGACUGCCUCAGAUUAUGCUGAUGGAGAAGCAAAAGUAGAACAGCUUGCAGUGAGAUUUAAAACAAAAGAAAUGGCAGAGUAUUUUAAAAAAAAAUUUGAAGAAUGUCAACAGAAUUUAUUGCAACUCCAGAAAGGACAGGUGUCACUUGCAGCAGAAUUAUCAAAGGAGACCAAUCCUGUGGUGUUUUUUGAUGUUUGUGCGGAUGGUGAGCCCCUAGGCCGUAUAACCAUGGAAUUAUUUUCAAAUAUUGUUCCUCAAACUGCUGAGAACUUCAGAGCAUUGUGCACUGGAGAGAAAGGCUUUGGUUUCAAGAACUCCAUUUUUCACAGAGUAAUUCCAGAUUUUGUUUGCCAAGGAGGCGAUAUCACCAAACAUGAUGGAACAGGAGGACAGUCCAUUUACGGAGAGAAAUUUGAAGAUGAAAAUUUUAAUGUGAAACAUACUGGUCCUGGCUUACUGUCCAUGGCCAAUCGAGGCCGGGAUACCAAUAAUUCUCAAUUUUUUAUAACAUUGAAAAAAGCUGAACAUUUGGACUUUAAGCAUGUAGUAUUUGGUUUUGUUAAGGAUGGCAUGGAAACUGUGAAAAAGAUUGAGUCAUUUGGUUCUCCCAAAGGGUCUGUUAGUCGAAGAAUUAGUAUCACAGAAUGUGGACAGCUAUAAAAUUGUUUUCCAGUAAAUUUUAUCCACAUAUGCAGUUGAAUCAAAGCUUAUCUGUUACAGACAAUAUCAUAAUUAAUUAUGUUCAGCUUUUGAAAAUGGACGUUUCUAAUGUAUAAAUGUAAAAUUGCAGCUUAUAGCUGUUGUCACUUUUUAAUGUGUUAUAAUUGAUCUUGCAUGGUGUGAAAUAAAAGUUCAAACACUGGUGUAUUUCAGGUGUACUUGGUGUUUAUGUACUCCUGACAUGUCAAUAUAUAUUAAGAUGGAUAAUACCAAUCUUGUUAAAAGCAAUAGGACUUCCCAGACUAUUGAAGGAAUAUGAUAUAUGCAAUUUUAAUUCCUUUUAACAUACUUGGACUUCCUGCAUGAAUAUACUUAACUAUUUGGAUAAAGGGACCAUGACUUGGAUAAUUUUAUUUUAGGUCUGAAAUAUAUUUGAAAUAUAGCUGAGGUUUAUUUGAAAUAUAUUUGCUGUGCUUGUUUAUGCAUAGUCUCAUUUAUGAAUCGAUAGAGCCACAGACGAUAGUUAACCAAAGUGCUCUUCUAUAAUCUUUAUGCCUCCUGUAUAGUUACAAAUUAACUUUUAAGUAGAAUACCUUCUUUUCUUAAAAUAUGUAGCUUCCUGUGCUCUAUUGAAGGUAUUAAUUUUUACAUUUUAAAGGAGUUGACUAUGUCCUCCUUUUUUUUUUUUUUUUUUUUUUUAAACUUUUCUGUCAUCUGUCUCUACUACCUCAGAAAUUUCAGCUUGGUCCUGAUGAUAGAAUUGAAAUUUUCCCUGGUUAUUGUGAUAAAGUAUGAAUAUUUUUAAAAUGUCUAAACAAUGUUCUUCGGUUAAAGAUUUGCUUUAUAUUAGAUUGUUGCAGUACCUUUUUCUGAUGAAUUUUGUAGCAGAAAUAAAGUGACAAUAACAGCCAUGAUAUUUAAAAAAAAGUUGUGCAUCUAGUUUGUUCAUUGUAGACAUAAAGUUAGGAGGACAAUUAAAGAUAAGUUCUGUAAACUCAAACUGCCAUAUAAUUUUCACAAGUUUGAUACUACAAAUGUAUUUGGAAAUGGCUGGUAUCAAAAGUUUGGAAAAUGCUAAAGAAAGGAAUUGUUCCUACUGGCCUAUUCAAUGUAGAACUGCAAAGAAUCUAGUUAGAGCACAAAAUUUUCUGUAGUUCAACCUUGACUAUUGACUCCCUUCCGUUCUUCUGGAUGAAAAUACCUCAUUUUGCUUAGUGAGCAAAGGCAGUGAGAGUUACUCCCUGUUGAACAAUGAUUUGGAAAUAACCUGUAGCAAAUACCUGUUCAACCACCAGUGAGAUCAGGGCAGCAAUGUGAUGUUUGUAUGAGUGAUGAAAUACCAUUGCUAAAUCCAUUUGACCAUAAAGUCAGAUAAUUGAAAUAAACCUACUCUUUAACUACAUCAGUUGCACUACUUAAAACUUAAAGAGAACCAUAGAUUACAUAUAUGUACAUUUAGUAUUUAGAAUUGGCUUCUUUGGAAAUCUAUGUAUUAUAAAUUGAUGUAAAAAGUAUGUUGUAAGUUUUUAGCUGAGACGAUUGAUACUGUUAUGAUAUUAGAAUAAAUUCUAAGUAAAUGCAAAUGCUUUUAAAUAGACAUUUUAACAGAUUUUAUGCUAUCCUAAAUUAUUAAGUUUAUGAGUUAAAAAACUUUAAAAACUGGCCUGACAAUAUGACAUGUAAACUGAUGCUUAAAAGUGGCAUUUAUAAGAACAUCUUUGUGUCACGUUUCAGGAACAAACUUUGUGAUUUCUGUUUGUUAAUCACUAAUAUGGUAUAAGUCCACAUUGAUAUGUAUUUUUUAAAAC